CCCGGUGUGGUGGGAGCAGCUGCUACGGCAGGAGGGCAAGUACCCCAUGCGGAGUGACAUGGCCCUGUGGAAGGAGCACCGGGACACCCGGCAUCUGCCCUAUGGACCCUUCACCGAGGAAGGGGAGCGCUGGUACCGCCUGCGCCAGGUCCUCAACAAGCGGCUGCUGAAGCCCUCGGAGGCGGUGCUGUACGCGGACGCCAUCGGGGAGGUGGUGUCGGACCUGAUGGUGCGGCUGCAGGACGAGCGGAGCCGCAGCCCCUCGGGGGUGCUGGUGGGGGACGUGGCCAACCUGCUCUACCGCUUCGCCCUGGAAGGGAUCUCCUAUAUCCUCUUUGAGACCCGAAUUGGGUGCCUGAAGCAGCAGGUCCCUGCCGAGACCCAGCACUUCAUUGACUCCAUCAACCUCAUGUUCAAGAACUCCAUCUUCGCCACCGUCCUACCCCGAUGGAGCCGAAAGGUGCUGCCCUUUUGGGACCGCUACCUGGACAGCUGGGACACCAUCUUUGCCUUCGGCAAGAACCUGAUUGACCGGAAGAUGAAGGAGCUGGAGGGGCAGGUGGAGGGGGGCAAGGAGGUGUCCGGCUACUUGACCUACCUGCUGGGUACUGGCCCCAUCUCCCUCACUCCCUGCUGUGCUCUCCUCCCCCAGACCUCCAACACGCUGUCCUGGGCCCUGUACCACCUCUCCCGGGACCCAGGCAUCCAGGAAACACUGUACCAGGAGCUGAAAGCUGUGGUGCCUGCCAACCGGUUUCCUGGGGCUGAAGAUAUCCCCAAGAUGCCGAUGCUUCGGGCUGUUAUCAAGGAAACACUGAGGGUCUAUCCCGUGGUGCCCACCAACGCCAGGGUCUUCUAUGAGAAGGACAUUGUCAUCGGAGACUACCUCUUCCCCAAGAAUACUCUCUUCGUCCUGGCACACUACGCGAUGUCCCACGACGAGACCUACUUCCCCGAACCCGAGCGGUUCCUGCCCCAGCGCUGGCUCCGGGGCUACGGCUCCCCCCACCACCCCUUCAGCUCCAUCCCCUUUGGCUACGGGGUCCGCGCCUGCGUUGGCCGCCGCAUUGCCGAGCUGGAGAUGCACCUGGCCCUCGCCAGGAUCAUCCAGGCGUUUGAGGUGCGGCCAGACCCCCGUGGCGUGGAGGUGACGUCUGUGUCCCGCAUUGUCCUGGUGGCCGACAAGCCCAUCAACCUGGAGUUUAUUGCUCGCCCGGGGACCCCCUGA